AUGGCAGGUCGUCAAGCGGUAGCACGUCGUGCUCUACAGAGCGUCUAUCUCCAUCCUGGGCUGGGAGGAAGGAAGCUACACGUGUCGGCAAGACAGCUCUCGCCUGCUGCUGCUUCAGCUCUCGCAUCCACGGCGACCGAAUACCCCACCACGCAUGACCAGAUCCAGCAACCCAUCGACACACAGAACUUCCUCGACAACAAGUUUGUAGCCUCCAACGCCACACAAUGGAUCGAUCUCCACGACCCUGCCACCAACAACCUCGUCACCCGCGUCCCCCAGUCCACCGAUGAAGAGCUCAAGGCCGCUGUGGCUUCGGCUGAAAAGGCAUUCCCGGCGUGGAAGGCCACGAGCUUGCUGCACAGACAACAGAUCAUGUUCAAGUUUGUCCACCUGAUCAGAGAGCACUGGGACCGCCUGGCUGCAUCCAUCACUCUGGAGCAGGGCAAGACUUUUGCUGAUGCCAAGGGUGAUGUCCUUCGUGGACUCCAGGUCGCCGAGACUGCAUGUGGCAUUACAACUCAGUUGACAGGAGAGGUCCUCGAAGUGGCCAAGGAUAUGGAGACAAGAUCAUACAAGGAGCCCCUGGGCGUUGUUGCUGCCAUCUGCCCCUUCAACUUCCCUGCCAUGAUUCCCCUGUGGGUCAUCCCCACCGCCACAAUCACUGGAAACACGGUCGUCGUGAAGCCCUCGGAGCGCGACCCUGGUGCCAUGAUGAUUCUUUGCGAACUGGCAGAGAAGGCUGGCUUCCCUCCAGGUGUCAUCAACGUCGUCCACGGUGCUGCAAAGACCGUCGACUUCAUGAUUGACGAGCCUGCCAUCAAGGCCAUCAGUUUUGUCGGCAGCAACAAGGCUGGAGAGUACAUCUUCACCCGUGGUUCUGCAAACGGCAAGCGUGUCCAGGCCAACCUCGGUGCAAAGAACCACGCUACUGUCCUUCCCGACUGCAACAAGAACGCCACCAUCAACGCAAUCGCAGGUGCUGCUUUCGGUGCUGCUGGUCAACGUUGUAUGGCCCUGUCCACUGUCGUCUUUGUUGGCGAGACCAAGAGCUGGGUCGACGACAUUGCUGACCGUGCAAAGGCCCUGAACGUCAACGGAGGCUUCGAGGAAGGUGCCGAGCUUGGUCCCGUCAUCAGCCCUCAGUCAAAGGACAAGAUUGAGCGUCUCAUCGCUAGUGCUGAGAAGGAGGGAGCUACCAUUGUGCUCGAUGGACGUGGUUUCAAGCCUGAGAAGUACCCUAACGGCAACUUCGUCGGCCCUACCAUCAUCACAAAUGUCACAAAAGACAUGACUUGCUACAAGGAAGAGAUCUUUGGUCCAGUCCUGGUGUGUCUGAACGUUGACACCCUAGACGAAGCCAUUACGCUUACUAAUGAAAAUGAGUACGGCAAUGGUGUCGCCAUCUUCACAAACUCCGGCCCCACAGCAUCAUAUUUCCAAAAGAACAUCGAAGCAGGACAAGUCGGCAUCAACGUACCCAUCCCCGUCCCACUCCCCAUGUUCUCUUUCACCGGAAAUAAAAAGUCCGUCGCUGGCGGUGGUGCCAGCACUUUCUACGGCAAGCCCGGUCUUGCCUUUUUCACCCAGACAAAGACCGUUACGAGUUUGUGGAAGAGCGAGGAUGCUAUUGCUACAAAGGCUGAGAGUGUCAUGCCUACUAUGCGUUAAAUUUAUGCUGUACAAGUAUGGAUAUAAUCAAAAUGAUCUUCACGUUCCGAUUCUUCUUCAUCAUUGCUUUUUUUGAUAUGCAGGUAGUUGAAGUUGUGGAUCGCUCUUUCUCGAUUGUUCCCCUCAAUUGAGCUUUCAGGGCCCUUGUCUAUUGUGUCUUGAGGGGCGACGUUGAUCUUUUGAAAUAGCAUUGUAAACAUGAGCUAUUCCGUUCACGAUUCCAAUGAUACCAUUGUCUUCUCUCGUCAUGCAGCUUGAAAAGACAAGUACUGGUUGGCAUAUUGUCCAGGCGUGAUGGAAAUCCACUCAUAAAGUAACAUUUGAUCAACUGUACGAUCAAGCGAAAAUUAAAUCUAACCCAGCGUCUUGCUUUUUUCCAAAAGUCAUGAGCA